AUCCCUUCUCAAGUCUUUCUUACCUCUUCAUUCUAUAAGUGUAUUCUUGAGUUCUUGAUCCUAGGAGGCUUCUUAGAGCUCCUCUUCCAUCAUCUUUGUCCUUGUACCUACGAAGCAUUAAAGGUGCAGCUAUAAGCAAGAAAGCAUGGAAAGUCGAAAUAGGAGAACACGUGCUACAUGAAUUUCGUAGGUUAUAUAGCAACCAGCCAGCCAUCUUCAAGCGAAAAUUCUGCAAUGGAAGAUACAGCAAGGACGACACAGUUGUGCCUUGAAUAUAGCAGAUGGGACGCACGGAAUAGGGAAUAGGGAUGGGAUGAAAGGUUGGGGCUAGGGCUGAAUAAAUUCGUGGUUGAGAGGAAAAAGCUUCUCUGACGGCUGUGUAGGGGUGAAGCUGACGGAACCCUAUGCCAAGAGGAAGAACAGAGGGUGAAGCUGCGCAGUGAAGGGGGCCACCACAUGAUUUAAUAGGCCCAGCCCAAUAGUUAUCCCGUCCAAAAAAAAAGUUGGUGCAUGAACAGUGAAUUUAAAACCUUCAAUUGUAGGAUAGAAGAUGAGAUAGCAAAUUCAUAAAUGGAAAAAAAUUAUCGUAAUAUAUAUGAUAUGUUGAGACAGCAAACAUACGUAAGAUAUGAAAUAAAAAACCAUCUAAAAAGUAAACGCAAUCUGAUGAUCAAAUAGGAGUUGUCUACGUAUAUGAACAAUAGAAAAUUUUGGGUUAAAUAACUCAAAAUUCCAAGUGAAUCAAUAACAUUAAAAAUAAGUGAAAUAUUAAUCUUAUACUACUUUUAAUUUAUUUAUAAAUAAUUUUAUUAGCGAAUGGAAUUAAGUAACUCUCAUGAAUUAUUUAGCCAACCGGAUCGAAUAUUGGGGUGAUAAUAAUAUAUUUGGUUAGUGGUGCUGUGAUCAGAUCAAUGUACAUACAAGUAGUUAUUUCAAUGAGCUAUCUUUCUUAAAUUGAGUUACUAGCUCAACUAUCCAUGGCCUCUAUAUGCUACACGACGAUCCUUCCAUACUCAGAUCCAAUAGAUCAACUUUUUUCCAAAACCAUCCUGUUAACUAUAUUCAAAUACUAACAAAAACAAACUAAGACUUUCACCACCAUACGUAACCAGUUAGCUCAGCUCCUUUUCUAGCAAUCUAAUUUGUGCACGAUCUCUGAGUGACUCUGUCUGAUAAUUAACUCCAUUACAAUUUCAGAUACUUCCAUUUUGAUUGCUUCUCAAAUUUAAGGCCAUCAUUUUUUUUUUCAGUGCAAUGGAAUUACUCCUCCUGUAACUUGUCCCCGGUCUCUUUUGUAGUCUCAAGAUUUAAAAUAUUGAUAAAAACUUUGUCUCCUAUCCCAUAUAUGCUGGCAAGUGCUCAGCUUUGCUUGGUCACUUUUUCGUUGCGGAGCCAUAUUGGGUUGUUUGCUAGACGGUCCGGACUCCGGAUGCUUGCCUAGCACAAGCUCAGAGCAUUCCCACAAUGGCUCCUCACACAACUUGAGCUGAGUAAAAUAGAUCUAAAUUUAUGAAAGUUUGUGCUUGUAAGUAGCUGAUAACUUUAACUCUCCUUUCCCGGAUGCCAAGAUAUGCUCAUCUCCUCGAUUUAAGUUUUUGGGGCCCUCUCUCCUAGCUGGUUGACUGUCUUCAACCACUUGUCUUUUGAAGGCUUCGGCCUUAUUUUUAGCUUUCUACAGUGUCGCUAUUAGCUUGUACCUUUGGGCUCAGCCCACUUUGAAUUAAUGAAAUUCAAUCUUUGUCCAAAAAAAAGCUUUUAAAUAAUGAUAUGUUUGAUAUGUUAUAUCAUAUAAAGUAGUCUGAUACUAUAUAAUAGUAGUAGGUUUAAUGGGAAAAUAUCUGUUAAAAAUUUAAUACUAUUCGGUGCAUGACUGAACAGUACUAGAUUAUUUAUUAACUUAUAUAAUUAUAUGUUCGGUGGAAGGUCAUAAUGACUUUAGAGAAUUGAGGUGGUAAAUAAUGGUGGUGCGGGUCAUGGUAGAAAUGGAGGUGAUGGUGACAGCGAUGGUGGGGCAGCUAAGGAAAUCAUAAGCAGCACUAAUUUCUCGUUUUUACAGCUUAUAAAUCAUAGUUUUGGGUGGCUUUUCAGCAAAUUAGUUAAUUAACUAGUGCCUGAGUGCCUGACUUGCUUUAUGUGUAGUCAAUUGUAAACAAUAAUGCGCGGAUCUAGAGGAGAAACGGGCAAAGAAAACAAGUUACUAUAUAAAUUCAACAGUUAUUCUGAAGUUGAAAGACCCAAUAUAUAGUAGUAAACACUACACACUGAUCGAUAGAAAUUGAGGUAGUGGCCCGGUGACAGCGAUAGUGGGGGCUAGCUAGUGAGGAAAUCAUGUAUGUGCUCUCUAAAUUCUCGGUUUUACAGCUCAUAAAUCAUAUUAUCUGUUGCAGGUGCUACUCAGGAGAUUUUAAUGCAUGGCUUGCUUUAUUUGAUUGUAAACACAAAUAUAUGGCAAUAUAUAGUACUAUAGUAGCAGUACACUCUGAUUCUGAUAGAUAAUAAUUCUUCAUGGAGCACCAAGUUCCCGUAGCACUUGUAGUUGGAGUCACCGGGAUAACUGGGCUAAGCCUGGCCCAAGCCUUGAAGCAGCCCCACUGCCUCGGCGGCGGCCCAUGGAAAGUUUACGGUGCUGCUCGGCGACCACCUCCGAACUGGUUCCCUCUUUCCACCGUCGACAACUUCAUUACCUUCAACGCCGUCAACUCCACCGACACGCUCGGCAAGCUCUCCCCCAUUGCCGGCGAGGUCACGCAUCUCUUCUGGGUCACCUUCCAGUUCCUCGGCGACGAAGAAGCCAACAUCGCCGUCAACAAAGCCAUGCUCCAAAACGUCCUCACUGCACUCACGUCCACUCCCUCUUCCCGCCUCACCCACGUCACGGUCCAGACCGGAACCAAGCACUACAUGGGCCCAAUCCAUGACCCGGGCAACAAGUCCAUUGUACUCAACGGCCACGCGCCACCGUUCCACGAGGACAUGCCUCGGUUACCCUAUCCAAACUUCUACUACGCGCUGGAGGAUCUGGUUGCGUCACACGCGCCGUCGUUGUCGUACUCGGUUCACCGGGCAACCAUUAUAAUAGGCGCGUCGGCAAGGAGCGCAAUGAACGCGCUCAUGAUUUUGUCGACGUACGCCGCGCCGCCACCUCCGGUUGCCGUUCCGUUACCUGGGAGCAGGUACACGUGGGAGCAUUUCUGCGACAUGAUCGACGCGCGCGUGUUGGCUGAGCAGCACGUGUGGGCGGCGGUUACAGAGCGCGGGAAGAAUCAGGCGUUUAACUGCACAAACGGCGACGUUUUCACGUGGAAGAGCGUGUGGAGGGUUCUGAGUGAGGUUUUCGAUGUGGGGUUUGUGGAGUUGGAUGAGAGUGAUGAGUUUGAUUUGGUGGAGUUGAUGUGUGACAAGGGUGCUGUUUGGGAUGAAAUUGUGGAGAAACAUGGCCUUGAGAAAACCAAAUUGGAGGAGAUAGCGUGCUUUGAAGCGAUCAUGCCGGUGCUGCGGUUCGGGUUUCAACAUGUGUCUAGCAUGAGCAAGAGCAGGGAGUGUGGGUUCUUUGGGCAUGCUGAUACGUUCAAGAGUAUCAGAUUCUGGGUGGGGAAGCUGAGAGAGAUGAAACUCAUACCCUCCUACGAAUAUGUGGCUAAGGCUAAUGGCUACCACUGAUGUAUAAGUCAGCCAGAUCUCAAUGCAUUCCACCUUAUACCCUAUUAUGUGAUUUACUUAUUUGUUUCUAUAACUGUGCCCAUUACAUUUAUAUAUCAAAACUCUUACAUUUGCCUCCGA